AUGUCAAUUGUGAUACUUUCCCGUGGAAACUGUGGCCUUUCUAGAUGUAUCUCUUUAUACAUGCUGGCUAUGGCAUCAGCUGACCUACUGGUCAUGAUAAUAAAUGUAAUAGUUUAUCAUAUUUUCAGUUAUAACUUUCUAUUUUCAUUUCUAUACCAUACUUCUGUGUGUAAAUUAAUUCUGUAUCUUACUGCUGUCACAUUAGAUUUGUCAACCUGGUUCACUAUUUUCUUCACAUUUGACCGAUUUGCUGUUAUCUGCUGCCGGAAAUUUAAGACACUAUACUGCAAUGAGAGGACUGCAGCUGUGGUUAUAACCUUUUUCCCUUUAUUGACCUUAUUCAAGAACAUCCCAUUUUUCUUUGCUUAUAAUCACGAGAAAAUAAUCAACAAGGUGCAUUGGGGGUGCCAGCCGAGUGGAGCUUUCUUUUCUUCAUCCAUUGGAGUAGUGUUCUUCUGGUUUCACAUAGCUUGGGGAGUUUGGCUUCCUUUUACUUUAAUUGCCUUGUUUAAUUGCUUGACAAUCAGACGUAUUUCAUUGGCAAAUGGAGCCCGAAGGAAACUCAAAUCUAAUGUAACUGAGAAUAAAUAUGAUGCAGAGAUCGACAAUCGAAGGAAGUCCGUCACUUUACUCUUCACUGUGUCAAGCAGCUUCUUACUGCUGUGGCUGACAGCUGUCAUUAGCUUUGUAACCACUAGAAUAGUAAACGUCAAUUCUUACCGAGGAGACCGCACAAACCCUGGAUAUAUCGCCACGGAAAUCGGAACUAUGUUGAAGUUUUUGAGUUCUUGCCCAAACACCUUUAUUUAUGCAGCUGCUCAGAAGAAUUUCAGAAAAGAGUUGAAAAAGGUGCUGAGAUGUCUCACUUUUUAG